AUGAGAACUACAUUUUCCCGCAGCAAAACCAAAAAUCCAGUUGCGCGUUCGCUACGCUUCGAGCUCUCUCAAGUCUCUCACGGUGCCAAUAUCCGUUCCGAUUGCGAAAUCCUGAUAUUAUCUAGCUGCAAAUGCUCUGAUAAAUCGCCAGCAGCCAAGAUUAUUCCCGUUUUGGAAGCAAAAGAUCUUCAUCGGUCAGCAAUGGACGACGUCGAUAGGUUAUUUGAGUGCUUCAAGUGCGGCAUCUCUCCUCCUCAAUCAGCCAUGAGAGAAAGGAAGAGAUUCAAAGGGGGAUCAAAGCAGGAGAGUCCCUUGAAUGGGAUUACUUCUUGUUCAACUCCCGGAUCAGCCGAACAAAGGCAUAGAGAUGCGAGAGAUCUACAACAUUCUACAGAGAGAAUUGGCUCGAUGUCAAUAAAGGCAAAGAAGUCUGCGCAAGGGAUACAAUUCUCCCCAGUUGUGUUUUAUGGGUCUCCAAAUGGCGUGCCUCCUAAAAGACCCUCUAGUUUGCUGCGGUUGUUACAAGAGAUACAUGUUGAUCUUUCUGAGCAACAGAAAUUGGAGCAAAGGGAUGAGAUAUGGGCAACAUUUCCGAGACAGGAUGAAGCUAUCAAGUUUGCUAAUUGCCAUCCACAGGUUCACAUUUUCUGUUACCAAGACCAUUUCAAUGGACAAAGAAGGUUCCUGGUUUGCUCCUACAAGGUGUUCUGGAAAAGGUAUGCUAGUAUGGAUCCAGUGUUACGUCACCAUUAUGAAGUUAUUCAAGAGGGAGUGCCUUGUCAUUUGUACUUUGAUUUGGAGUACAGUAAGAAAGAGAAUCCUGAGAAAAAGGGGGAUGAGAUGGUAGAGCUUUUGAUAUCAGUUGUUUUAAAGGUGUUAAAUGACAAGUACUCUAUCCAAGGAAAUCAGGAAUGGGUCAUAGAGCUUGAUUCCUCGACUGAAGAAAAGUUUUCCCGCCAUCUUGUCAUACGCAUUCCGAAGUUGGCUUUUAAGGACAACUCUCAUGUUGGCGCUUUUGUUACAGAGGUAUGCUCUUGGAUUUCAACUGCGAAGGAGUAUGAUCAGAUAUAUGAAAAACUAUACAUCAAAAAAGAUUCAAGCCCCUCGGUAUCCACAACCCCUAUAUUUGUGGACACUGCUGUCUACUCUAGAAACCGUUGCUUUCGGUUGGCUUUAUCAUCAAAAGCAGGGAAGUCUGCUUUCCUUCUCCCUACGAAGCGUUUUAAAUGUACGGGCAUGAGUGAAGAAAAUACGUUCAUGGCCUCCCUAAUCUGCAACAUGGACUCUGAUUGCGAGAAGCUCUUGGUUUGCAAGGCGGAGCUGGAUUGUGCAAAGACGCUCAGAUUUGAUACAGAGAUCAAUGGCAAUUUCAGAAAUCAGUAUCGUUUAUCACAAGAAUUUGAUUUGAAUGUCUCCACUAGCAAUGCAUCAGUAGCCUAUUUGAUGGGAAAGUCCCCAUUCUCAGCAUUGGACAAAUUCAUAGAAUCUGUGGCCUCCAUUGGAACAGUAUCAGGCCAAGUACGAAGCUGGUACUGGUUCUCAGAGCAUGGGCUCAUGGUCUAUAGUAUGUCCAGAAAUAGAUUCUGUGAGCGAAUAGGCAGAGAGCAUAAGAGCAAUCACAUCAUUUAUGUUGUUGACCUGUACACGGCUGCAUAUUAUCAGAAAUGUCAUGAUCCUGAUUGCAGAGGUUACCGGUCUCCCCUAAGACCAGUCCCAGAAGAUGCCAUUCCCGAUCUUUCAGUUUUCUUUGAUUCACGGCAUAUUAGCAACCCUGCCAAUUCGACUGAAGAUUCGCUUCCCUGUAAUGAAAGUACCAUCGAGAGCUCUCCUCUAGAUUCUUGGUGGCUGGAAGCAGUAAGAGUUGCCAAUGAUAUCGAAACGCAACACCAGAUCUUCGAACUUGGAAAGAAGGAAAGCAGUAACGAGGAUGACAAUGCAGAUCGGUGGACAGCCUUAGAAAGUACCGCAGGCUAGUUCAAAUUAAAGCAUGCUCUGGGAAGAAAUGGGUUGGUUCUUCCGCUGCAACCAAAGCCGAGAGUAUCCAUGUUCCACUCGACAACAACUUGAGUGACAGCUUCUUAUUUAUUGGCUGAACAAAGUGAGCCGAUAUUUAGGAUACCGAAUGAAUUGCGGCAGCGUUAUUAUUAUUGCAGGUUUGCCUUGUCAGGAAAUGCCAUCAAUGAAAUUAUUGAGUUUCGGGGGAUAUACCAGUUCCCCCCUUAUUCCUGCUGUGGCUGUGGCUGUGGCCUCAGCGUGACUUCAACUUGCUCACUCACUGGUAGGAUUGACAAUAAAUUCUGUAAAAAGGAGAACUCAUUGCACGUCGUCUUUUUCAUUGAAGCAAUAAGAUGCAGAUGUGCCACGUGGCUAUCAUUUCACACAGGCCGAAGAGAUGUUAUUCUUUGACAGCAUGACAGUUCACUUCGGGAUACGUUGGUUGGGACAAUAUAAUCUUCCGUAGUCCUUUGCAUGAUCGAUUUAGCGUCCUUGUCAGCCUAUUUGCCUUUUUUUUCGAGGUUUCUGUUGUAAAUAAAAAGAUGCGCAGAAGCUCUAUUUCUCGGUAA